AUGCCAAUGAUAUGGAGCGUACUACUACAUCACGCCAGACGGGCUAGUCAGCGGGGAUUCAUUCCUAGAGCCCCAAACCCUAGCUUGGCCGCUCGCUGGCGAGGCUAUCGGGCUGGCCAUUUUUUGGGUUCAAUUCAAAUGAUUUUCAAUCUCGAAUCUACAAUGACCCACUCACGGCUCGCGGGUUUGGUAUUCCUAAUGCCCUCGCUAGAGUUGCAUUCCGAGGGCACUUUGGUCCUCGAGAUCUUUCAUUGUUCAGACAAUCCUCGAGUACACCGAUACGGCACUAUUAUUCUGAUUAUGGCUGGAAAGAAUGGCCGAGGAAGGACUGGAACUGCCUCGAAAACCCCGGAUUUUUCGUCUCUACCCUCGAGGGUUAUAGAUUAUGCAUCGAGGCUCACCGUUAAACCCGAACUUUUGACUGCAGGCGAGCGGCGCUGCUCGGAUAGAAGGAAGAACGGCCUGAGCGGCGGCAAAAAGCUUAAACUAUCGAUAACAACUCUCUUAGCUAUUCAAGAACAAAUUACUCGAGGAUCACUCCGCAACAGUUCGAAACGUCGAUCUAAGGCCGAAAUGAGCCUGUACUACCUUGAGAUACCAGUGUCGGCAGUUCCUACCAAUUAG